GUGUGAGCACAACAACAGACAGAAUCACUGUGCACGUAUUAUUACAGUUUUAAUCGAUAAAAUUUCGAAUUCGCUGAAUUUUUUUUGCAACACAAAAUUUAAAAAAAAAUGCAAACUCUUGGAAACAUAUUCGAAAAUGAGGAUAACGUUUUUCUCAAACUUCCACACUAUUUUAAGCCAUUGCAAGCGAUUAACGCUGUAAUUCUGGCGGUUUGCAUUGGAUCGACGGCUUCCGGGGAUAAUGGGAUUCUUUGGUUUACUCUAAUUGUUCAAUUAAUUAUUUCCGCGGCGGCAACGGUAAUCUUCGCCCUGCGGAUUCAGGAUGAGCUCAUGGAGAGUAUUUCGAAUGGAAGCAUCGCGUGGAAUGUCGUGGAGCUCGUGUAUUCCUUUAUUUUGGCGGUCCUCUCCGUGAUUUCCGUCUGGCUUUCGUUUUCGUUCGCGAAUCGGUCGCUUUUCGGCACUUCUGCGGGAUAUAUUGCUGCUGGGGUUUUCUUCAUCGUACAAACAAUUUUCUACGCUGUCCCAUGUACUGUAAUCUAUCGUGAGGUACAGACAACUUCGGAUACCGAACGUCAGAAUAUUGUGAUCGAACCAGCACAUCCAUUCCGUUCUAAUGCUUAUCAAGACUUGUGAUUUUGUAGAUUUAUUCAUUUUUCUUUUUUGCUUAUUUUCACAAUAAAUUAUUCUUUUAUUGACUCUAAAA